CAUUCAUUCAUUCAUUCCUUCACUUUUGUGCAAAUUCAAAAGCAGAAGCUGCAGAAGAAAAUUUUGUUUGUUUGGAAAAUUUAAAGGUGUCGAUAGUAUUCGUAUUAAUAGUUAUGUGGCGUUCACCAGCUUUUUUUCAAGAGAUUCUCAACCAACAAGGGUUAGUUGGCAAAUUAUAUGAUGCCAUUGAAAUGGACGAUUUGUCAGACGCAGUUAUUAUUGCAAUGGACAUUCUAAAGAAAACAAAUAAUAUGCCACCUUUGGUAAAAGAGGCAAAAUGUAAACUUAAGUCCAAUUCCCAUCGCCAGCAAGGGAAUAAAGCAUUUAAAAGUAACAAGUUUCAGAAUGCUUUGGAGUGGUACAAUAAGGCCUUGAUGUAUGCUCCUAAAGGUUCCGAAGAGUUGGUGCUGGGUUAUAGCAACAGAUCGGCUCUGUUGAGCAAGUGUAAGAUGUUUCAGGCCUGCCUCAAAGAUGUGAGCACCUGUUUUGAAUUGGGAUAUCCGCCCCAGAUCAGCGAUAAGUUGGCGAAUAGGCGAAGUGAAGCUACAAAAAACGUGUGGAUUGAAAGAAUGGCUAUGGAGAUGAGAUUCUGUGAAUUUUCCGAGGACUAUCUGGAGUUUAGGGAAAGAAGAAAUCCCCAAAUAACAUGUGCUAGCACUGAUGUGGGUAUCAUUAAAGAGUCUCAUGUGCCCAAAGUUGUUGCUGUCAGAGAUGUGAAAGUUGGUAAACUUAUUGCAAUUGAGAAAGCAUUCACUAGUCAGCUGGACCGUAAAUUGUUAUAUUCAGCAUGCUAUUAUUGCCACAAAAUGAGUUUAAACCUCAUUCCCUGUGAAGGUUGCACCAAAGCCUUGUUUUGUAGCGCAGACUGUAGGCGUACCUGCAUGGAGGAGUAUCACUCCUUUGAAUGCCCUAUAAUUGAAAUUUUUGAUGAAAUAUCAUCAAUUCCGGUGAGUAAAUUAGCCGUUAUUACUGCUAUAAAACUGAGGAAGAAAUUCAAAUCUUGGGAAGAGUUUAAUGAGGCCACAAAGACUGUUGGCUUGAAGCGCAUGAAAAAGAGCGAAAUAAAUGAAAUUUUCAACAGUGAGAACAAGUUUUCGCUAUUGAACUUCAAGGAUGAUGCUAUCUUUACGUAUGGGAUGAUCUAUAAUGCAACGUUUGGUUGCGCCAUAGUGGUGCAUUACCUCAAUAUGGCAAAGUCUUUUUUCCCAACGCGUGCAACUGAGAAGGCUGCAGCGGUCUGUGGUUUUAGCAGACUGCUGAUGUAUUAUACUGUGCACCUAAUACAAACUCAAAUAUCGUCUACGGUAUCUGUGAUGGCGCAUGGGAAGACAGAGUUUUGUGAAGUGGCUAACUUUGGGGUGUUUCCAUUCACCGGGAAGCUGAAAGGAGCCUGCAACCCAAACGUGCUAGUUGUUGGCUUGAACAAAGAAGUAGCGCUGAUCACAGUACAACCUUUAAAACAGGGGACAGAAUUGACCAUUGCAUAUUUAGGUCACUGGUUGGACAACAACAUACAAAACGGCUCACGACUGCGCAAUAUGUUUACUUUAUACAACACAGUGUGCGCUUGUGCUGUGUGCAACGGUGACUGGAAGUUACUACGCAACAGGGCAAGGCCCACGGAGACCCACCUGCGAGCUUUCAGAAAACUCAACGUGAGCGAGGCCAUAGAAAACUACUGCUCAUCUGACAUAGAACACAUAUACCCAAAAUGCUGCCGAGCACUAGCCUUCCUGCACGACUUGCCGUUCUCAAACCAAUACAUCGAUGUAUACAAGCUGUUCAGGAAAUGCCUGUUAGAUAUUCAAGAUCAGUACUCGUCUAAUAUCAUGUUGGAUGGCACCAAUGAUUAGUGAAAAGUUUCAUUGAAAUUUAAUUUAAUGUAAUUUUUCUAAUAUUAUGCCAUUUUUUUUUAUUAAUCCUAAUGGAACUAUUGUUUUUGUUACAUACAUUAUAACAACCACAGAGUAAACUCGUCAUAAAGUGGUAAUUUGAUGUGCUAUUGA